UGCCGACGUCUGGCAGCUGUGCUCUGGAUCUCUACCCGGUGAUUUUGACUGGAAUCAUUAGAUUUUCAUUUGACCUGUAACCUGAACUGGCUUUAAUUUGAAUUAUCGAAAAUGGGGUCAAAGUAUGACAAGGAACCUUGUUGUGGGAUCUCACUGCUCAAGUAUGUUCUCUUCAUCUUCAAUUUCUUCCUAUUGAUUGGUGGAGCGGGUGUAUUAGGCGUUGGAAUCUGGACGGUCAUAUCAAAGUUUGAUUACACGGAGGUCCUAUGCUCACAUGCCUACAUCAUCUCGACAUACGCACUUAUCAUAUCAGGGGGCGUGGUCAUCAUCGUCGUGGCGACGGGUUGCUAUGGUGCCGUGCAGGAGGUCAAAGGUUGUCUGUUGCUGUACUUCACAUUGCUGCUGCUUCUGUGUCUGAUUGAGCUAGGUGUCGGUGUCUUUGUCUAUUAUUACAGAGGAGAGCUACAAGUUGAACUUGAGAAGUGUAUGAACAGUUCAAUGACUAAGAACUAUGGACUAGACGGUAACAGUGCUUACACUGCAACGGUAGAUGAUUUACAGAAUAGUUUCAACUGCUGUGGUGCUGCUAGCUUUGAAGACUGGACCAAGAGUGAGUGGAAGGUCAGCGGGUUAGCAGGGAAUCGUAGCGUCCCGGAGAGCUGCUGUAAAACCAUAAGUCCCUACUGCUCUGUCAGGACACAUCCUUCAAAUAUAUACCAUCGGGGUUGUGUAGUUGGCCUGUCAUUGAUUGUUGAAGAUCAUCUUAUCAUAAUAGGUGCUGUUAGCUUAGCCAUAGCGGGUGCUGAGAUCAUGGGUCUCAUCUUCUCUAUGUGUCUUUACUGUCAUCUCCGAUAUGAAGAACAGGAGCCCUACUGAUGAAUGAUGCAACAGCUCAUUAUAAUAUAUGCAUAAAUUUGCAUAUCUUAUGCUAAUGAGAUAGAGAUCAUUCGUAAGACAUCGAUAUUGUGCACUCUUUUUGCUGCACUUAAAAAAUAGUAGAUGGUGUGAAAAUAAUGAACAUGAUUUCAGAAUUGUUAGGGGCACACACAGAUUCGGCCUUUUCUCCAUAUCUAUCUAGUUACAACUCAUGCUUUUUUUAUAGAAUGCCGGCAGUUUUGUAUAUUUUCAACAAUAAUUUGAAAAAAGUGACAAGUAAUUUGUUCUUGAUUACUUAGCGCAGAAUUUAAAGGGGAAGUUCUUCCUGAAGAAAAGUUCAUUUGAAAAUAGCAGAAAAAUAAUAAAAAUUAUUGGUGAAGGUUUGAGGAAAAUCCGUCAAAGAUUAAAAACUCAAAAAAAAGAAUUUUAUUUUUUUGAAUUGUGAGGCAUAUGGAGCAGCUUCCCCAUAUACCAUGUAGUAAAAAAGGUCAAUGAAAUAUUAUUUUAAAAAAAAAAAGGGAAAUGGGUUUUUAUUGUACCUUCAAUAUAUUAAAAGGCAAAUUAAUACACCCACUAUAGAAAGAAAAGAAAUGAUCCAUUAAAAAUAGAAAUUUCAAUGCAUUUUGUAUUAAUAUUAAUAGUAUAAAUAUUGCCCAAUAAGUAAUUACAUAGCUUACGAGGCAGCUGCUUGUAUAUGACGUCAUAAAUUAAAAAAAAACUUACAUUUCUAAUAACUUUCUUAAUCUUUAAUGGAUUUCCGUCAAACAUCCACUAAAUUUUUUAAUUAUAUUUCUGCAACUGAACUUCCCCUUUAAACUUGAUGCUUCUGUGCCCUAAGGUUAAGGAAUAUUUUUUUUGUGUGACUCUCCACCACAAAAAACAAGUCAGACUUGAAGUUUUUAAACUAAGAGAGAAAGAGGUGAAAUGCCAUGUUUUUAUUAAUUUUUCCCCAAUCAAUCAUCUGUUAUAUUUAGAAAUCACAUAUGGUUGCCAAACUUUCAUUUCCAGGAUUUGAACAUAUUAUUACAUUUAUGGACCAGAAACUCCCAUUAUCUUGGUCAUUUUUUUAGAGAUAGUUUGGUGUAUGAGUCGAGUAACCGGAAAGGAUUGUAUGUAUGCAAACGUUAUUCUUCACAUUCAUAUGAUAAUCCCAUCUGAACACUUAGUAAGAAUGCAGCCUCAUUUUUUUUUACAUGAAAAUGGGGGGGGGAGGUCUGAAUCUGUGAGAGGUCUCACUCCAUCCUAAACCCUUCUUUUCUCUGUUAUCUCUGAUUUUUUUUCUCGAAAUUUCUAACAUUUUGAUUACAUUUUCAAGGAAUUUUCUCGAAGUCAUGAAAAAUUGAUUGUUAUUUCAAAGCUUCAAAUACUCUCUUUCUCACCUCACAUCCCCACAGUUGAAAACGACAAAAAAGAGUCAAUUUGUAUUAUUCAAUCAUUUGUGAUGGAGUGUCAUACUCGAUGCCUUAGAUAUAUGUUUCUCUGGACAUUCUAUGGGAUUUUCCCUUAGUUUUAAAUGGUGCUAUUUAUCUUCCUUAUGAUGUUUACUUUUUAUGAUAAAAAUGACCUAUUUAAUGCUAAGCUUAUGUUAUACGAGUUAAGAAGCAUUGAUGCAAAGGGUAUAAUUUCACCAUUAAUCAUGUUUUUUUUUUAUGAUUAUGAUCUAUCAACUUACACAAUAAUCCAAUGGGAUGCCUUACUGCAAUAAUCUGAAAUUACAAAUGACCCUUUGCAUGAAAACAUGAUGUCUGACUUAUAUGAGAAUUGUGCUCAAUAUCGGCAGCAUUAAUGGUUAUCACCGAACACCAAAAAUUGCCUGUAAUAGGAGGUGACGUACAUGUACAGUACAUAGACAUACAUUUUUACAGUCAUUCUUGUAAGAUGGCCUUAAAAAUACAGGCAAUUCAUGCAUGAAUACAUCUAUGUUUAAAGUUUUAUAAAGUAAAAUAGAAAUGCAAUUCAUUCAUAUCAGCAAUAAUAUGAUGGCUUUGCGAUGAUAUGUAAAAAUGACCAUAGAUUUAAAAAUGCAUUUAUAUUUAUGGCUUGCGUGCAUUGGCAUGGUGAUUUUAGGUAAUUUUAUAUUUGAUUUUGCGGUGUUUUUUUUUUCAAUAUUUAUUUUACUAGAUUUUACAAAGCUUUGCCUUUUCAUUGGGUGUUAAUAUUCUCUCAACUUAUUUAUGCCUUAGUAGUUUCAUGCAGUUAUAGUUGGGAAAUGACUUCUUUUUUCAUAGGAUUUAAAUAUAAAGGGAUAUAAUAAUCCUAGCAAUAUUUAAUUUGGUGUUUAAUUACAUGUUUGAACAUUGUAUUUCAAAUGAUUGUUGAGAUUUAAAAAAUUAGGAACGCGAGGGGAGGGGAUAGAUUGAGGUAAGAAUGGGGGGGAGGGAGAAAGAAGGAAAGAGAGAGGAUCAAAAGGGGUAAUGUGGAGGAAAGGGGAGAUUAAUGGGGGGGGGGAGGCAAGAGGAAUGAUUUCAAUUGAUCCCCCUCUCCCACAGAGGUAAAGAAUAACUUUAGGAAUUAUUUAGAGAAAUUCAUCAAGAGCGCAUCUUUGAAUGAAAGAUAAUUUUUUUAAAAAUUGAGAAUCUGAAAUUUAAAAAAGGAACAGUACUUGCUAGAAGUUUCAAAUUUUAAUGAUGUCACAUGAUUAGUCAUGUGAUUAGUAAGGGUCAUGUGAUUUAAGAUCAUCAUGAAUAGAAUGAAUAUAUUCUACUGGGUUUGUUUGAGCCAAGAGGUUUUGCAAACUAGAUUUUAAUACUUUAAAGUAAGAAGGGACAUGAUUUGAGAUUUUAUUAAGGGUUAAGAUAUAGAAAUCCUAGCUUUACAGCUUUCAUUUGUCUUCGAAAACUUAAAUCAAGUUAAGAAAAAAAAUGAUCAGUCUCUUUAUCAAUGGAGACAGGUAUAUGUUCCGUUCUCAGUGAGGCAGAUACUAAAGCUAAUUGGAAAGUAUUAUAUGAAGGCUUGUUCAAAUAACUUGAAAAAUAACCCCACCCCUCUGCCCUUUUGGUGUCUGGAGUAUGCUUUAAAUUACUGCUUCGCCAAUACUGAUAUGAUGCAUAGAAUAUACAUGUAGGAUAUUUUUGCAAAAUGGUAUCAUUACCUCUGGACGAGUAUAUUCGAUCGAGGAAGCCUUUAUAGCCUAGAAGAAAAAUUGCAGAGACAAAUUGAAAGCUGUAAAGCUAGAACUCUUUAAACAACCUUUAGAAAUUUGACUUCAUGCCUCCUCAUAUUUCAGCAUGUGCAUGCAUGUUUUGUAAAUACAAAUUGAGCUUCUAUUAUACGAUUUACGGGAAA